AUGAAACCUAGCGCUGCAUUUGCUUUCAAUAUUGGGCACAUGGCCUCUUUUGCGGCUGCAGGCUCGUUCCGCCGUGCAGUCGAUACUGAAGGGUUUCAACUGUACGGAUAUGGUGCUGGCGUCGGUGGCCUCACCCUGUUUUACGCCGGUGGAAAUGCCUAUAUUGGUGACUACACUCGGAUCAAAAAUCCAGAUGCGGCGCCUGUCAUCUUCACCGCAAGUUCAGGCUACUUACUGGGUUCCCCCAACGCGACAGCUUUCUCCAACUCUGACGAUGUACCAACCUGGGGGUCGGGAACUGCCCUUGCUAUUCCAGCGGCCUCAUCCUCCUCGCAUGCGGUUGUGUUCAGUAACUCCACCGCUGGUAACUCCUCCAUCGUCGCUGACUCAUUCACUUCCUACGGCGCUUAUAUUUUUGUAUAUGGAGACGAUGGUGAUAUGGAAUCUCUUUGGUACACAGUGCCAUCUGAUAUCAGGGGUGUUUAUGCACUCAAGUGGAAUUCCACAGGAGAGAAUGAUAACACAACGAUUUCUCUAACAUUGAAGAAGACUCCACCUUCAAAGAAUCCUCUUCAUUGA